AUGUCGAAGGAGGGUCACGACCAGUGCCUGGAGUACAAGAGCAGUGCUGCGCGUACCGGACACGCGAUGUCGGCAAGCAGUGCUACGACGAGCGCACGCUGGUCGAGGGCCACGGAGGCCGCCGGCGGCAGCGCCGACGCGUCCGGCGGAGCUGCAACGGCGGUGCGCCCCUCGCUCUGCGAGCGCUGGGCCGGGCCGCCCGGCCAGCGCGCCGCCGCCAGAGCACCGGGCCCCCGCCCGGCCAGCGCGCCGCCGCCAGAGGUGGAGCAGUGGCGAAGCAUCCUGGCUUGCCUGUGGGUCCGCCAGGGAAUUCGUCUGAGGACCUUUUGUCACCACCUACCAAAGUAG